AGUAGAGAGGAUGCUGUUGGUUAAAGCGCGCUUUUCUCCGCAUUUGGCCGAAGAUGCUGAAGUAGGCCUACACGGAGUCGGACCAUAAACUAGCCUACAUAAUAUGACACAUAUUAUUCUUGGCUUUGUCAGCUCUAAUAAGGUAAAUGUGAACGCAGAGAAUGCACUCUGGGAACACCGACAUUCCGAUGCAGAAAUCCUCAGCACUCUUCGGAAUGGUCAGUCACCGCCAAACCACUGCGUUUUCAGACUUCACCCUUUCCAUGUACAGUAAAUCGGACUUCUGCGCGAGACGCAUCGGGAACGAUGUUUUUGGAACCCAGACCUGCCGGAGUCCACUUAACAACAACCCCAGUCACUGUCCGAGUCCGAAACGUCUCGCUGUGCCGGAGGAGCGCUAUGGAUUUCAAGAGAAAGGCCAUCUGACAGCCAAAGCUACACGCGCGUGCUUCUCUCUUUCCCCGGAACAAGUCAAUGGAGGCUGUGUUGGGGCCUUCUGCCUAGAGAAGGACAGUGGGUCAGACCUGGGGACCAGUGAAGGGGCUCUCAUGCGUUCUGGGCAGAGUGGGUCUGUCGGGGGCCAGCCUGGUCUCGGAGCCCACUACCAGAGUGUACACUGUGAACGGCCCACACUUCCCCCGCAGCAGGACAGAGAGCAGCAGACAGACACAAGGUCCUCCGCCUUCCAGAGAUCCCUGGCCUCACCAGACCCGACGUGUGGUAGCUCCAAUGGGGCCCGGGGACCUCUGCCGUACCCCGUCAAACAGGAGACCUCCACGGGCUACAAGAGCUCCCAGGGCCUGGGGCCGCCCACCACCCAGGGAGGCUUCCCACCGGGGAGGGGAGGCAUGGGGGUCUGCCGGAGGGACAUGGAGGGCCCUCUUGGCGGAAGAGGUGGCGGUGCCAGCCUUGGGAAAGCGUUGUCGGCAGACACAGCGUACCCGUUUAAUAAUGAAGAUGGCUCCUCCCCGCUGCCUUUGUCCCCUGGUGGCUCCCGUCAUUCAGCGCGGCUUCUGGCCCCCGGCAGCCUGAAGAGACGCUGUUUGUCCCUGGCCUCCCAGACUGCCGCCGCCAGCAGCAACUCCAGCGCCGUGGCCAACGCCGUCAUCACCGCCACCGAGGGGAUCGAUAUCACCGCCAUUAUCUGCUCCUCCCAGAUGUCCGUGGUGGCCUGUGUCAAUGGGCUCCGGACCAACCCGUCACCCCAGCCUGGAGGCGUCUUCUCCUCCCGGACGGCCCCCCGCAAGCCCCCCUCGCCCGCUCCCUGCCUGCUGUCCCUCUCAUCGGGCUCCUCCUCAUCCUCCUCGUCCUCCGUGUCGUCUCUGGAGCCGGAGCACGGUCAGAUCCGGGGACGUGGUGAGGAGCCGGGCUCCAUGCUGCCGGGCCCAGGGGGGGGAGGCCCCGAGGGACUGCUGAUGAGCGCUGCCCUGAUGACGGGAGGCCCACCUGGGAGCACAUCUCUGCUGGAGGGGGGCUGUCAGAGGGCGGGCGGCGGAGCUCUGAAACAGGAGCCCCUGGACGACUUCUCCCCCAGCGAGGAGGAGCUCUUUCAGCACCACUACCACCGCCAUCACCACAACCACCUGCCUGGAUGCACCACUCCCAGCCACCUCCUCCCACACCACCUGGACCCCCCGCGGCCCCCCAUGCCCCCGCCCUACCACCUGUCUCAGUAUGGCCUUCCCAGUCCGGGGGGCCUGCUUCACCUCCAGAACCAAACCCAGUCCGCAUCCUCUUCCUCCUCUGUCCCCCCGGGCCCCAAGGCGUCGGCCCCGGGUGGGGACAGGGAGAACGGCAUCGGCGACAAGCAGGUUUGCCGCUGGAUUGACUGCAGCGCUGGUUACGACCAACAGGAAGAGCUGGUGAGGCACAUCGAGAAGGUUCACAUCGACCAGCGCAAAGGGGAGGACUUCACCUGCUUCUGGGCUGGCUGCAUCCGGCGGUACAAGCCCUUCAACGCCCGCUACAAGCUCCUGAUCCACAUGAGGGUUCACUCGGGAGAGAAGCCCAACAAGUGCAUGUUUGAGGGCUGCAACAAGGCCUUUUCCCGUCUUGAGAAUUUAAAGAUCCACCUGAGGAGCCACACAGGAGAGAAGCCCUACCUCUGCCAACACCCCGGCUGCCAGAAGGCUUUCAGCAACUCCAGCGACCGAGCCAAGCACCAGCGCACUCACCUGGACACGAAACCAUAUGCCUGUCAGAUUCCUGGCUGCACCAAACGCUACACGGACCCAAGCUCCCUACGCAAACAUGUCAAGAUCCACUCGGCCAAGGAGCAGCAGGUGCGUAGAAAGCUGAGGCCCUGCCCCCACCUGGAGCAGGAUGUCCUGAGUGAGUGUCUGUCAGUGCAGCAUCUGCAGGGCCCCAGCCCCUCCCAGCAUUGCUCCGCCUCCACACAGCAGCACCUGUUUAACGGGAAGGACGGACGAUCCCCGAGACUGGCCCAGGACAUCUUCACAGGGCUGUUCUCUGGCUCCAGCACCCCCCAUCAGGGAGUCUCUGUGGAGCUCCUCUCCCCAGGACCAGCCCCCACCCCUAGAUCAGCCCCCACCCCUGGAUCAGCCCCUGAUAUGCCCCCCAGGCAUCCCUGUCUGGACCGCGACCUGGGCAGCCCACAUCAUAUGUCCCCUCUGUCCACCAUGGAGGGCACACGCGAUGGGUUGACAGGUCCUCUCCUCUCCCCGGUGAUGAAGGGGGCAGUGACCCCCCCCCCUCCCAUGGAGAAGCAGCACCUCCCCCACCACCACAAACCUUACUCCCACUACCAUCAGCAGCAGCCCAGCGAGGAUUACCAGGGCAGCUUUCAAAGCUGCUUCCAUUUUGGAGACUCCUAUCGAAUGGAGCAGUCAGUAAAUGGUGUGCACGUACCAAUGGAAACACAUGGCUUCACUUCCCACCAACACAACAGCUUCCACAUGUCCAGCAGUGGGAGUGGCUCUGCAGCAGGCUUCAGCUUGUCCCAGGACCUCCAGGGGUCAGGGGGAUGCCAGUUCUCCUCCAGUCCAGAGGAGAGCAUCUUCUUCCAGGUGAACAGCUUUGACCGCACCCUGAGCCAGAUGUCCUCCAUCUACACUGAGACAUAAGAGUUUGAUGCUGCCCUAUCUACAGCUAGGGGCCUUACAGGGGAGCCAUCUCAACAGUCUGAAGUGGUGUCCUUUCCAUAGGGGAGCCAUCUCAAUAAUCAAAAGUGGUAUCCUUUCCAUAGGGGAGCCAUCUCAAUAGCCUGAAUUGGUAUCCUCUCCACAGCAGAGCCAUUUCAAUAGUAUGAAGUGGUAUCCUUUCCACGGCGGAACCAUCUCAAUAGUAAGAAGUGGUAUCCUUUCCACAGUGGAACCAUUUCAAUAUUUUGAACUGGUAUCCUUUUCUUAGUCUUCUUAUAAGUCUGUACUGAUAUUUAGGAUACGAAAUGACCUAACGCAAGCCAACCAGAAGAGUCCAAAGCCGUGUUGCCUCAUUAUCAGAUCAGGUUGGAUGAAAGAGACUAGGAAAAAAGGCCCUUUAAGAGUAUUGAGAUAUACCCAAGAACACCUAAGUUCUCCCAAUGGUUCUACAGGUCAGUGGCCAUCCUUAUGUCGUUUUUUCUACUGCUUCUAACCUACUCAGUCAUAACUUUGUAGCAUGACAGUUUUCUACUUGCCGAAGAGACUCUACAGUCUUACAUGGACCCAAAUGAACACAUUCCAAUCAGACAUGACUCUUGUUUUAUCUUUACAUUGUUUCAUCUAAAGGUUGACAUGUAGAGAAAUAUAUAUUUUUGCUGUGUUGUUUUUACAGUGGAAAAAAGUUACUUGUAUGCUUUCAUGUAUUUGUUUGGAUUGUUUAAGAUAUUUCUGGAAUGGUGAAUGGAGAUGUGGCAAACAGUGAUACAUUAAAUAUUCUGGAACACAGUCAAAUCUACUUUAUCAUGUGUAUAAAUGUACAGUUUGUUUAAAAGUCUUUUGAAUGUU